AGAACCAUGAAGCUGACAGAUGUUGUCAUACGGAGCUUUCGAGUAGCCAAGGUGUUCCGCGAGAACACAGACAAAAUCAAGAGUUUUGAUUUCAGCCCCACUGGCGAGACUGUCAUCUCGAGCAGCACUGAUGAUGUCAUCAUCGUGUAUGACUGUCAGGAGGGCAAGCCAAAGAGAACGCUGUACAGUAAGAAAUACGGUGUAGACAUAAUCAGAUACACAAGGGAAGAAGACACCGUAGUAUAUAGCUGUAGCAAAAUAGAUGAUACCAUCAGAUAUCUGGCUGUGAAUGAGAACAAAUACAUUAGAUACUUCCCUGGGCACCACAAGAGUGUCGUGGCCUUAUCCAUGUCACCAGUAGACAAUACUUUUCUUUCUGGGUCUGUGGAUAAAACCAUCAGACUCUGGGAUCUCCGAUCUCCUAACUGCCAGGGCUUAAUGCAUCUCCAGGGAAAGCCAGUUUGUUCUUUUGACCCAGAAGGAUUAAUUUUUGCAGUCGGGAUCAAUUCUGAGAUGGUUAAACUUUACGAUCUCCGCUCUUUUGAUAGAGGGCCAUUUGCAACCUUCAGAAUGCAACAAGAAAAUACCUGUGAGUGGACAGGAUUAAAGUUCAGCAAGGAUGGCAAACUCAUCCUCUUAUCUACCAAUGGCCACAUUAUUCGCUUGAUUGAUGCCUUUAAUGGAAUAGGGAUACAUACACUUUCAGGUUUUAACAACAGCCAAGGUCUCCCACUGGAGGCUUCCUUCACUCCAGAUUCUCAGUUUAUUAUGAUUGGCUCUGAAGAUGGUAAAAUCCAUGUCUGGAAUGCAGAAACUGGUCUUAAGGUGGCUCUGUUAGAUGGGAAACAUACAAAUCCCAUAACCUGCUUGCAGUUCAAUCCUAAAUUCAUGACCUUUGCCAGUGCAUGUUCUAACAUGUCAUUCUGGCUGCCUACUCUUGAUGACUGAUCCUUUCGUUGAUCAGCGGGGUCUGCACAUUGAAGGGCAGGCGGUGUCAGGAUGUAGGGACUGAAUCUUGGUAUGAUUUCAAUGGCGUAAAACAUUUUUCACUCAGUCCUGUUUUGUGGACGUCACUGAACCUCCUUUAUCUCUUUUUCCUGCCUCCCUUCAAAACAAAUCUUAAUGCUGUAGACCUGAAGUCAAAACUCAGUUUUUCUAGUUAAAUAGUUCAUUAUACUUGUCCUUGGAUCUGAGCUGUGUCUGGUUUUUGAGCAUAAACGUGGACCCUUGCCGUAGUCUCCUUUUUAUUGUAUUUUUCAAUGAGGAGCCAAUAAAAUAUUGAGCCCCCUUCAUCCCCAAAUACAUAGUUGCACCCACACUUAAAAGACCUGGAAGAGACUUAAAAAUUGCAGAUUCUAACUCUUUCUUUUAAGAGAAAACCUAUCUUGUUCCCUCCCCGCCCCCCAGAAACUGCUGAGGGUAAGGACUUUUGAAUGCUAAAUCCCUCACCUUGGGGUGAGGUUGACCUAGUUUUACAGUCCAGCCCAAGCAGUAUACCCCCCCCCAUUAAAAAGAGAAGAAUAAGAAAGUGACUGAUAAAGCUAUUUUUAAGGCACAAAUAUGAUAUCAAGAGGUGUAAAGCUCAUUAAAACCCUAAUAACCACUUCCAAAGAGAAGAUUCUAAAAUUGUAUAAAAAACAAAUGAAUACUAAGUCAUCAAAAAGAAAUGAAAUUAUACCUGAUUUAAAAAAGAGAAAUGAAAUAAUACCUGAUAAAAACUACUGGGGGCCUAUAGAAUUCAAAGGCAACAUGAACAGUAAGAGAUUCCUGAAUGGUUCAAAAAAGGGAGGAAAUCCAUAAGAGAAGAUUUGAGAGAUGGUUUUAUAAAAUCAAAAUUCACUUAACAAAAAUGUCAUUAUUUCAUAGAAAGCAUCUCCAAAGACAUGAGACAUGAACAUGCUUGGCUUACAAUAACACUGAAGGGAAAAAAACUGACAAGGCAAGCAUUAAGUGCAAAGAAGUUAAAAUAAUACAGUCUGUAUAAAGGAAAACCAUUGACCUUGAAUAGAGAUAAUUUAAAGAUCAAAGACUCUCAGAAUAACAUGAAAAACUACAAAAGCUGAUCAUCUUAGUGUAGGAAAUAAUGUAGGAAAGCCACCCAGAAAUUUUUAACACUGAAAAUCAAGCAUCAAUCAAAAGCAUUCACAGUUCACUUCAACAGAAAAAAAAAAUCCAGGUGUACUGUGUUUAAAAUGAAUAGUCCUAAUACUGACUACAAAUGCAACAUAUAAGCAGGAAAAAGAACUUUAAAUGUAAAGCAAAGAAAGUAAUCAUAUCCAUUACAAACUAUGGAUAUAUGGACAAUGGAAUAGGUUUUGUUUUGUUUUGUUUUUUUCUCUGAAAAAAAAUCUCCAUCUACAGUCAAAAAUAUUAGGCCAUACAAACCUGAUAGUAGCCAGCACCAGAAAGAGAAAUAGUCAGCAAAAGAGACAUUUGAGAUAUUCCUGUCCCCCUUCCAAAAUCAAACUUAGUCUAGAAUAUGAUUAUGAAAUGAAUUAGCCUACAUUUAGAGUUUAUUGCAUUCAAAAGAGAAAGACUGACCUGUAGGGUAGAUAGCUACCACACCAAAAAAGAGUUUCAUAAAGGCUGUGAGAAGAUAAAGCUGGGAGCAGAGAUGGCAAGAAGUGGAAGUGACAGUGGAGGAGCAGAACUGAAGACCAACGGACUGAACCCCUCAGUACAGAUGAGAAGUUGCAUCCAGGACAGAAUAAGUGAGUGCCUUGUCCGGUAUUCUUAAAGACCACUGGUGACAGAGCCCAAUUUCAGAAUGGAUGGUUCCUGCCUGCCAUUUCCAAUGACUCCUACUACCACGAGUUGCCUAUCAGGGGUCAUAGAAACUACCACCAAUGACAAAAUGACACCCAGGAUUCUAUGCAUUCGCUGCAUGGAAAGACAGCCUAUUUAUGCAGAUCUCCUGGGAAAAGACAAAUGAGGAAAAAGUAGGAUAAUUAAGGGAGUGAAAGCCUCAACAAUGGCAGAUCAUCGAUGGUCCUGUGCUUCACCUGCUUCUCCAUGCCAUGGCUCUCUUCAUCACCUUUUCAGCCACCGGGGACCUGAAUCGUCUGUUAUUCACGGAUUUCUACAAUGCACAGACAUUCAGCUUCCGAGAGAACGCUGGAGUUGAAAAGGGACCGUUUUAUGGUGGAGUAUCUUGAGAUCAUUUCAUGUACUUCCCCAUUUCCUACAUACAUUGUCCCCUGUACUCUUUUUCCUCCUAUACAACUCCGGGUAUAGAUCUUUGUGUAUAUUCAAGGCUUGUCUAAGAUAUAUGUAGGCAUCAGCUCACUAGUUUGACUAUCGGACUCCUGUGAGCUGAAUAAUAUCCACUCAUCUUAUUCUGCUGUCUGUAUUUCUCAUCGAUAGGGAUAUUCCCUCCACUUGAUCACCACUCACAGUCCAUCCGUGCCUUCAGAUCCUAUGUGAUUUGUUCAUAUUUUGCCAAACAUCUGCUAGAGGAAUUUCUCCUUGGGGCCUUUUCCAAAUCUCUUUUGUGACACGAAAGUCGGUGGGCUCCCUUAAUCUUAAUAUAUUCGGUCUCUUCUGUUGAUGUGGGGAUGCUUAUCUUUUAAAGUUCUUUGAUCUCCUAUUUUGACAAUGUGGUAUUCUGAAGCUUGGGUUUAUUUCUACUUCUUCACAUGGUGCAUCAGAUACAGAGAAGUGGGAGUUCAGAUGUGGUCCUUCCCCUGCCAGUGAUGGUACAAAUAAGGUCCUAGAGUAAUUCAAGUCUGUUUCAAUCCAUGUCUUUGUCAUAAUACCUCCCCCAUUCUCUUCUGUGUGUUGUUGGGCCGAUCCUGCCUCCGUGGUUUUUAAUCUAAAUUUGUUUCCUGUACUUCCAUUAUUAAUUGGGAAAUUGAUUUUGCGAAAUGAUCCUCUUGGUACUUUCCUGUCUUUCUGUGCAACUUCCCAAUAAAACACCUGUACGGCCCCAUCCGCAACCCAUUACCUGAGGGAGACUAAAUAUUGUGAUGCCAAAAACAACAAAGAAACUUUUUCAGUGACAAGAGUGGCAGAGGGAUAGAUAAUCGGAACAGAUCCAAAAGUUCACUUGAUAGGUUCCAAAGUUCAGAAAUCAGAAGUAAAAGGGUAAGCUGUAAAUAAUAGUUUGUACAUUGAUACAAUUUUUUGCCAUUUGUAAGGAAACAUAUGCUUCGUGUACGAUCUGUUAACUUUGUUCUUCAGAAAAAUAAAAAAUGUUUAAAAACAGUUGAACACA